AAAAAACCCUCGCCGAGGCGGGCAGCCCUACACUGAGGAGGAGCUGAGACGCUCGCUAAAGAAGCGGCGGACUUCGAAGCAGACUCCGGAGUAGCGAGAGCCACCAAGUACACAGACGAUGCAGGGGACCAUGAGAUUGUGGCUGUCGGUGAUGCCACUUGCCCUGUGUCUGCUGAUCUGCCUGGGGACAAUGGCAGAAGCAUAUCCCUCCAAACCAGACAGUCCUGGGGAGGAUGCACCAGCAGAAGACAUGGCCAGAUACUAUUCGGCACUGAGGCAUUACAUCAACCUCAUCACACGGCAGAGGUAUGGAAAGCGAUCCAGCCCAGAGACACUGAUCUCCGAUCUCUCAUUGCGGGAAAGCACAGAAAACAUACCGAGAUCUAGGUAUGAAGAUCCUGCGAUGUGGUGAUGGAAAUUGCAGCUCAUCUUCAAUCUUUUUUCCUAUUUUUCAGUCCAUAUCCAUUACUAAAAAAAACAGAUGGAAUUUCACCCCCUCCCUGUACCUCAUGCAUGCAACCAUUGUACUGAAUUCUGUAGUUUUUCCUUCAAUAUUCUUGUACAUACAUUUAUUUAAAUAAAUUACAUGUGCAUUCUAAAUGGUACCAUUUUACAUGUGGGAGAUUGAAAGGGGCCAUUACGGUGGGUAAAAGUCUGUUUCUAAGCUGUCAAAAUUCAGUUUUGACCUUCUUGCUUCUAAAGUAGCAUGGACAAUUAUCAUAGCAUUAAUGCUAAUAGCUCUCGAGACUGAAGAAUGCCUAUGUAAUGCUAAUAGCUGUAAAAAGUGUCAUUUGUUUAACAUUUUAUCCAGCCUUGAAGCUCACUUUUAAUAUUUUGAUUUAUAGAACAUUAAUUGUUUUAUGUCCAUUACUGCCCGUGAUGCAUUUGAGAAAAAUAAAGUGAUUCAGGAAAGAGUCAAGAAAGA